UCAGUGCAGCUUCAAAGGGCUUUAAACGAUACCAGACGAGGAAUAAGAGUCUUAUCUAGCGAAACGAUGGCUCAUUUUCUAAAAAAAAAAUACAACUUUAUAUGAACAGAUGAUCGCCUUCUAAGUGCCUCCGCCAAAACCGCGUUUUUCGACAACCCUGAAUUUAAGACCUACCUUUUCAAGAUGUACCUUUUUCAGUUUUCAAAUUGCAUAUUUUUCAUAUUUUCAUAUUGCAUAUUUUUGUAUUGAAAGUGUGGUAAAUACUGUUAAAAUGUACCAACAAUCACAUUUUAAAAUAAACACGUUAUGGCAUGCCAUAAAAAUAACAGUGUCUGUUUACACUAAGUGCAAAUAUCGUCCCUUGUUGGCAAAUGCUAUUUACACUAGCUCCGCCCACCAAUGUCUGGUUGGGCUAUUAUUGCAUCCUGUUAAUGUGCAAAAACAUUGGGGUGCAAAUAAUAUCUGCGAACAUGAAGUAUAGAUAGCAUCUAAUUACUAUUUACUCUUAUUGCAAAGAACCGAUACGUUUACAUGGUGUAAAUAGAAUCUAUCGCUAUUUUCACCUAAAUAGCAUAUCACUAAGAAAGCCGAAAUAAGAAAUGGGGCCUCUCUAGUGGGUAAGUUCAGCUCUUUGGUGAUAUCCAGUGCCUUCAGCUGAGUGAUAGAUCUGGUUAUGGGCAGCCCCUCAUUUCUUUUUUCGGCUAUGUACUGGCAUACUUGCUUGUCAAUUUCUUCAAAGACGCUGCUUCUAGGACCACGGUAAGCUUUUCUUUGACUGUUAGCAUUUUUAAGACUGUUUCUGCAACACCAUGUUCACGAGUUUGUGUGCUCAUAUAAUCUUAGCGUGAGUGGUAAACAGAUUUGGCUUGCUGUCUGCUAUAGAGGGGCUCGGAGAGGAUAUUCUGCUCGAGCUCCGAUUUCCCCCCUAUAACAGGCAAAAUUGUACAAAAAUGAGGAGGAGGGGAGCCGAAAGAACUACAACAGGAAGAGGUGAGAUGCUGGUUUUAUACCUUGGUAUUAAUUGGAAGAUUAGAUGGGCGUACUUCACAUGUAAUAGUCUAGACCCUGAAUAUAAGACGAUCCCAUUUUUUCAGAUGUAUUUCCAAGAAAAAAACAAAACAAAAAACACUGUCUUAUAUUUGGAACAAUACACUAAUAAAUGUUUGCAGUAAUUUCCUUUAUUAUAAACAAAAAACCUGCUGGAAAUGAGUAAUUAUGCACAAUACCUCUGCCGAAAUUCAGACCCUGUAUGACAUUGAUUUAAUAUUACUGAUACUGUGGUACCGUACCGAAGCCAAAAUUGUGGUAUUGAGCCAACCCUACAUGAUAUAUCAAUUAUGUCAGUUGUAUGUGGUAUAUUUUUUACUACAGUAUCUUGCAUUUUUAGCAUUUUCUCUUUAUUUUAAAUUAUUUUAACCUUGAAGCUGCCUUAUAAGUUUACUGAGGCCCCCUAUUGACACAUUAUGUGAAUUAUACUGUCGCCCUCUGGUGGAAAAUUUAAAUAACGCUGAUCAAUUAUCUUCAGUGUCAUUAGUCCUUAUAUAGAGAUGAACCCUGUAUGAUCUCUCAGUAUCAGACACUGUAUCCUCCACUAGGUGGCGCUCUUUCAGUGUGAUUAAUGUAAUAUUCAGUCAGUGCUGAUGGUGGGAGGGGCCAGUAAAGCUGCUCAUUACUGAUAAAGAGCUGAAGAAAGAGGAAGUAACUAAAGCAGACAGAUGUAGAGACAGAGAGAUUCACACAGAGAUCAUUCAGCAUAAAGAAGACUGAACUCAACUCACAAUGAAGAUCCUCCUCAUCUUCUUCACUUUCUACCUGAUCUCAGGUGCAGUGAGAUGCUUUAGUGUCACUGGAUAUUCUGGAGGAAGUCUUCUUGUUGAUACUGGGGAGGUUUGGUUCAGUGACUCCGCUAAAUAUAUGGCCAAAAUACCUGAGUGGAGAACAAUAAUAAAUUAUAUAAAACAUGAUAACUGGAUUAAUGAAGGAAGAUUUGUUUUAUUUUGCAAUGAAUAUGGAGGCUUGAUGAUCUACAUUAGAGAACUGAACACACGAGAUGCUGGAACUUACCAGAUUGGGGUUCGUGGCAAAUGGUCCAUCGAUAUGACUUUGAAAGUGAAAGAAGAUUCAUGUUGUAAAGUGUCAAAGAGAGUGAUGGUGAAUGUUGGAGAAACUGCCACCUUCAGCUGUGAAUAUUCACAGAAUUAUGAUAACAAUGUCAAGAUCAUAUUCAAAGAAGGAGAAAACUCUAUUGAGAUGAUUUACAGUACAAUGGAUGAUGGGGAAAGAUUCAGAAUUACUGAUGACAAACAGAAAAAUAUCUUCACUGUGAGAAUUACUGCUGUGAGACCAGAUGAUGGAGGAGUUUAUUUAUGUGGAGUUUGGAUCAGAGGACAAUCGUACAGUUACUCCAUUAUUAAACCUGUUCAUCUACAUGUUGUUACUAAAGUGGGCGUGUCUAGAGCGAUCGGAUACUCAGGAGGUCGUAUGAUGAUCAAGUGUGAACAUCCUCAAUACAAAACCAAUCCAAAAUACAUCUGUAAAGAAUCAUAUGGAUGUUCAGAGAGGAAGAAUCCAGGAGUUCAGGAUGAAUGGAUGGAGAAUGGAGAUGUUUCUUUAUAUGACGACACCAGAGCAGGAGUCUUGAUGGUGUUUUUUAGAGAGCUGAAAGCUGCAGAUGCAGGAACAUACAGGUGUGGAGUGAAUGUGUCUCACUAUACUGAGAGCUUCACUGAACUUCAGCUGAACGUCACGGAUGAUGAAAAUUAUCCCAAGAGUGUGACUGAAUCUGCUCAUCUUGGUGGAGAAGUCAACAUCAGCUGUCAGAUCCCAGAGGAACAUGAAGUUCAUUUCUGCAAAGAGGAUGAUAAUCACAUCUGUCAAAACAUCAGCACAUCUACAGUGACAGAAAUGAAUGGUUCAUCUGAGAGAAAUGAAGAGAGAGUUUUUACAGUGAGCAUCAGUAAUGUGAGCGUGAGAGAUGCUGGAGUUUACUGGUGUGGAGCAGAAACCAGAGACACACAUUUGACUUUCAUCUCCCUGAACACCAAAAUUCAGCUCAACCUCAUCACGGCUCCAGUAGUGAGACGUGAAGGAGAAUCUGCUGAGAUCAUCUGCCCUUAUGAUUCAAUCUAUAAAUCAAAGUCAAAGUCUCUCUGUAAGGGGAAGUGCUCCACUAGAGAUAGAAAUACUCUCAAUGAAGAGAAAGAGACCAAGACUGACAGAUUGACUCUGAAUGAUGACGGCACUGCAAGUGUCUUCACUGGGACCAUCACUGGACUGACAGCAGAGGAUGCUGGGAAAUACUGGUGUGCAGUGACAUUAGAGAGAGACGUGAAUUAUCUUUACACUCAUCUGAUCGUCAUCAUGAACGAGGAGCUGAACUUGACUAAGUAUGAAGGAGAUGACAUGUCAAUCCAGUGCAAACAUCAUGAUGAACAUCAGAAACUCUUCUGCAAAGCACAUGAACCCUCCAUGUGUGUGAAGGAUGGAGUUUCAUUGGAGACGAUCAGAGAUGAUCGAUUCUCUUUCAGUGAUGAAGCUUCUACUGGAGUCUUUACUGUGAACAUCACUGAUCUGAGAGAAGAGGAUUCUGGGAUAUACUGGUGUGGAGCUCACAUCAUCACUAAAGUCAACCUCACUGUAAAGCAGGAUUCCUUAAUGAUCAUCAUUAUUUGUGUGUGUGUGAUUCUGCUGCUGAUUGGUGGAUUAACUCUGACUGUGUGUAAAUUAAGACACAAGAGACGAGGAAGAACCUCGACUUCAGACAAGAGAAAGAGGAAGAAAAAUACAAUGUCAUCAUGUGAAGACAGCAGACAUGAUUUUCUCACAGAUCCUGGAUCAGCUCAAUUGAACAGUCAUGAACUACCCACAAUCCCCUCUGAUGGUCUCCUGUACGCGUCUGUCAGUUUCCAGAAGCAUGAAGAGUCUCUCAGUGACGCUACAGUCUCCUUCAGUAAGGACCAGAUUCACUCUGAUUACGCCACAGUCAGUCACCGCAUGAGACUCAACUAACUCACUUAUAACAGAUCACAGAUCAGCACACUUUACUAACAGUAUUGCUUAUGUUUACAGUUCAUUGAUAAAAAUCUCUUUAUAAUCCACAGUUUAGUGUUAAACAGAUGUUUUAUUGAUCAGGGUCGUUCAGUCUGUUGAAUCAUGAGACACUUUAAAGUUUCCUCUGCUGAUCAUGUUUCUUCUUUCACAUGUUUAAAAUAGCAGGUGCUUUAGAGGUUUACUGGUGUGUGUACAGAGUUUGUCCUCUCAGUUUAUUUGAGGGUGUGAUUAAAAACAGGAAAUAAAACCACUGAGUGACACUUAUAGAAUAAACUGUAAAGUUUCCACUCCACAUGCAGAGACACUAUAGUUAAUAAAGUCUCUUUAACAGCAGCUGUUUAAAUGUUUUCUCUUUCUCGUCUCUGAAUAUUGAUUCUCUUUGACUUGAUUUUGUUUUGUUCAUGCAAGAGACUUUUGCUGAUGUUUUUAGUUCAUUCUUGCUCUGUUUGAACUGUGGUUAUGCAGAGUUUUACUGCAUAAUCAUAUCUUUUAUUCAUUGAACAAUAAACAUUUAUAUUUUCUGCUU